UCUCUGUUCGAGGUGGGGCAGCGGCGCUUUUUGCUCGAAGUUGGAAAAGUUCGUUUGGUUUUUGUCUUCUUUUCGCUUGAUGGCGCCUUUUCACGUGCAUAGCAGCUGAAACUAAACUCGGGUGGACUCCUUUAGACCGGUUGAGAUCCCGGUCCAGAUCCCAGUCCAGAUCCUGGUCCAGAUUCCGGUGUCAGACCAUGGCGUCGGGGAAGGGCAAGGGUCAGGCAUCUCUGGCUCUGCAUAAGGUCAUCAUGGUGGGCAGUGGAGGAGUGGGGAAGUCUGCUCUUACACUGCAGUUUAUGUAUGACGAGUUUGUGGAGGACUAUGAGCCGACUAAAGCCGACAGCUACAGGAAGAAGGUGGUGCUGGAUGGGGAGGAGGUGCAGAUCGACAUCCUGGACACGGCUGGACAGGAGGACUAUGCAGCCAUCAGAGACAACUACUUCAGGAGCGGAGAAGGUUUUCUGCUCGUCUUCUCCAUCACAGAGCACGAGAGCUUCACUGCCACCGCUGAGUUCAGGGAACAGAUCCUGCGUGUGAAGGAGGAGGACUUGGUUCCUCUGCUGGUGGUGGGCAAUAAGUCUGAUCUGGAGGAGCGGAGACAGGUGUCUCUCGAAGAGGCCUCCAGCCGAGCUCAGGAAUGGGGAGUGCCCUAUGUGGAGACGUCCGCUAAGACCAGAGCCAACGUGGACAAGGUGUUCUUCGACCUCAUGAGGGAAGUUCGUAAAAAGAAAAUGUCUGAAAGUAAAGACAAGAAUGGCCCGAGUGGCAAAAAGAAGAAGAAACGCUGCUGUAUCCUGUAAAACUACAAAACUGUCACAUACUUUAAAAUACUUUAUAAAUAUUAGGAAAAAUGUCCAAAGUAUCCAUUUGUAUAAGCUCCAUCUGUGAAAAAAUAAGUUAAUUACAAAUCACCUAACUUCCAAAGACGGUACUAAGUACUAAGACCGGACCAGGACCGGACCAGGACCGGACCAGGACCGGACCAGGACCGGACCAGGACCGGACCAGGACCGGACCAGGACCGAAAAUAAAACGAUGAUUUUUUUUCAUCGCUCAAACUGCACCUCUGAUUGUGCUAUAAAACUUUGCACAAAUGAAUAAAUAAUAACAUUGUAUUUUUAUAAGUGUGAGCCAAUAAGUGAAUACAGAUGUGAUUAUGAACCAAAAUCACCAAAACUAGCUAAUUAAGACUGUGCCAAAUACACCAAACUGCACCUCUUUUUUUCCUGAAAAUAAUAAACAAACUUGAGAAUGAAAAGCCAUGUUAGAAAGUAGUCGCUAUAUUUUUAGGCAAUAUUUUGGAUAUUAUGGUUACAGUGUUUUCCGCAGGUUUAUACAGAGACUAUGGCGGCACAGACAAUCCUCAUUUGAAUAAUUAUAUUGAAUAAAUCUACCCCCCUUUACCUCUACUAAUAAAAAACAAUGAAUAAAUGAAGUUAUUACUAUACAUUUAUGAUAAUACAAAAAGCAAACAAUAUCACCUUUAAUACCAAUUUGUUAUACAGCUUGUUUUCAACCAUUGGGCCAAAAAUUUGAUUAUGGGAGGCCAGAAUACUACUAUUAAUGGAAAACUGUGAUGAUUACAUACCCUAAAACAUUUUUUCUAUUGUUCUUUACAUUUAGUAUUGAAACCUUUGUAAUUUGACAAAAUUUUCAGAACAUUUUGAAAAUAUGUCACUUUUUAAAAUAAUUUCCCGUCUGCUCCUCUGUAAUCCGAAAUCUGAUGUUUGGUGAGUGCCUGUUGAAUGUUGCAUGUUUUCUUUUUUUUUUUUUUUUUUUGUUAAAAGCACUAUUUUUUGUGUUUGGGGUUAAAGGGACGUUUAUGUUUGUGUAAAAAUGUAUCGUAGCUCAUUCCUCACACAACACUCCACAAUUUUAAUAAACAUAUGCAUAAAAUGUUU